AUGGCUUCAUCAGAGACGAUCUCAGCGGUGAUUCAGGCGCACAUUCCCAGCAUCGACCAGCAGCUGACUGAUUACCUAGUGGCGGUGCUCACCGCAGAGACAUUCAACUCAAAAGACGAAGUAGAAGAGGCGGUUGGGGAGGUGCUCGCCUCCUGUGUCACCGGCGUUCUCGCCACCAACUCCAGCGAACAGGCGACAGUGGAUGAAAUCUGCCGAAAGCUGUACAAUGUCCUGCGUGAAGAUGAUGACGAGGAGGACAAGGAAGAUGCUAAUGGUGGCACGCCGGCGGUCAACGGCGAGCAGAAGCUUCUCCAGCAACCGGUCAACCUCGGCCUGAUGGCGAACGACUUUGAAGUGAAGGAGGAGACGUGGAGGUCGAUUUGGUCCACCGGCAAGGAGGUCGAGUCAAAGGUGGACACGAAGAAGCUCCAAAAGGCGGAGGAUAAGCUGAAGCAGAAGGCGGAGAAGCGAGACAAUGUACCGGCGUCGGACACUGCCGCUCCGGUGACUCUGAUGGAGGCGACCGCGUCGCAGGUCUUCUCCAAGAAGGUCGUCAAGCAGGAGGCGAGCGGAGUGAACAGGGCAAAGGACAUCAAGGUGGAGAACUUUGACGUCUCCUUCGGCAGUCAUGUCCUCCUGCAGGGAGCUGAGCUCAACCUAAGCUACGGUCUCCGGUACGGCCUCUGUGGGAGAAACGGUAUAGGAAAGUCGACGUUGCUGAAAAUGCUGAGUAAUGGCUCUCUGGUGAUACCCUCUCACAUUACCAUCCUUCACGUGGAGCAGGAGGUGGUGGGCAACGACACGACGGCGCUCAACUCGGUCCUCGAGUGUGACACUGCGCGGACGAAGCUGCUCGCCGAGGAGGCGACGCUGGCGGCGAAGACCAACCUGUCGAUGGAGGAGUCGACCAGGCUGAACGCCGUCUACGCCGAGCUGAUGGCCAUGGAGGCGGACAAGGCGCCCGCUCGGGCCUCCAUCAUUCUCACCGGUCUCGGCUUCACGCCGGAGAUGCAGGCCCGGGAGACGAAGACCUUCAGCGGUGGCUGGCGAAUGCGCAUCGCCCUGGCGAGAGCACUCUUCAGUCGUCCUGAUCUGCUGCUGCUUGACGAGCCGACGAACAUGUUGGACAUGAAGGCCAUCAUUUGGCUUACCGGGUACCUUGUCAACCACUGGACGUCGACGCUGCUCGUCGUCUCGCACGACCGCUCCUUUCUCAGCGAGGUGCCCAACGCCAUUUUGCACUUUCACGCGCGGAAGAUUGAGACCUAUCGCGGCAACUACGACAGCUUCAUGGCCUCCAUGAGCGAGAAGCUGCGCAAUCAACAGCGAGAGUACGAGGCGCAGCAGAUGCAUCGGAAGCACACGCAGGAGUUUAUCGACCGCUUUCGCUACAACAGCAAGAGGGCGUCGCUGGUGCAAAGUCGAAUCAAGCAGCUGGACAAGAUGGAGGAGGUGGAGGCGGUGGAGUUUGAGCCACCGGUGGUGCUGAAGUUCCCCAGCCCUGAGGCCCUCUCGCCGCCCAUUCUCCAGCUGGACGGCGUCACCUUUGGCUACACGCCGGAGAGGGUCAUCCUCAGAGGGGUCAAUCUGAAUGCGAACUUCCAGUCGCGCAUCUGCAUCGUCGGCGACAAUGGAAGCGGCAAGACGACCCUGCUGAAGUUGCUCACCGGCGAGCUGGAGCCCAGUUCGGGCAUUCGGCACACUCACCGCAAUCUGGCCAUUGGCUACUUCACCCAGCACCACGUCGACCAGCUCAGCAUGAACCAGUCGCCGCUGCAGUUUAUGGCCUCAAAGGACCCGGGCAAGAAUGAGGAGCACUACCGGCGCUACCUGGGCGGCUUCGGCAUCACCGGCGACCUCAGUCUCCAGUCACUGGCCACCCUGUCGGGUGGACAGAAGAGCAGAGUGGCCUUUGCGGCGAUGACACUGACCAAUCCUCACGUGCUGAUCCUCGACGAGCCCACUAAUCACCUCGAUAUUGAAACGGUGGAAGGCCUGGCAAAGGCCCUCAACGAGUUCACCGGCGGCGUCAUUCUGGUGACGCACGACCAGACGCUGAUUCGCGGCGUCUGCACUGAGCUGUGGCACUGCUCCGGCGGAUCGGUCACCUGUCUGAAGGGCGGCUUUGAGGAGUACAAGAAGAUCAUCGAAAAGGAGCUUAACGAUAUUGCAGG